AUGGAUAACGUCCUCCCGAUGGACUCAGACCUCUUCCCAAACAUCUCCACCAACACCUCGGAGACCAACCAGUUCGUGCAGCCAACCUGGCAGAUCGUCCUCUGGGCAGCCGCCUACACGGCCAUCGUGGUGACCUCCGUGGUGGGCAACGUGGUGGUGAUGUGGAUCAUCCUGGCCCACAAGAGGAUGAGGACGGUCACCAACUACUUCCUGGUGAACCUGGCCUUCGCGGAGGCCUCCAUGGCCGCCUUCAACACGGUGGUGAACUUCACCUACGCCGUCCACAACGAGUGGUACUACGGCCUGUUCUACUGCAAGUUCCACAACUUCUUCCCCAUCGCCUCGGUCUUUGCCAGCAUCUACUCCAUGACGGCCGUGGCCUUGGACCGGUACAUGGCCAUCAUCCAUCCCCUCAAGCCCCGGCUGACGGGGACAGCCACCAAGGUGGUCAUCUUUGUCAUCUGGGUCCUGGCUCUCCUGCUAGCCUUCCCCCAGGGCUACUACGCAACCACGGUGACCAUGCCUAACAGAAUGGUGUGCAUGAUCCAAUGGCCGGAAUACCACAACAAGAUUUACGAGAAAGUGUACCACAUUUGCGUGCCUGUGCUGAUCUACUUCCUCCCCCUGCUGGUGAUCGGCUAUGCGUACACCAUCGUAGGAAUCACGCUGUGGGCCAGCGAGAUCCCCGGGGACUCCUCUGACCGUUAUCACGAGCAAGUCUCUGCUAAACGCAAGGUGGUCAAGAUGAUGAUCGUUGUGGUGUGCACUUUCGCCGUCUGCUGGCUGCCCUUCCACAUCUUCUUUCUCCUGCCCUACAUCAACCCAGAUAUCUACCUGGAGAAGUUUAUUCAGCAGUUCUACCUGGCUAUCAUGUGGUUGGCCAUGAGCUCCACCAUGUAUAACCCAAUCAUCUACUGCUGCCUCAAUGACCGGUUCCGGCUGGGCUUCAAGCAUGCCUUCCGGUGCUGCCCUUUCAUCAGUGCGGGCGACUAUGAGGGGCUGGAGAUGAAGUCCACCCGGUAUCUUCAGGCCCAGGGCAGUGUGUAUAAAGUCAGCCGCCUGGAAACCACCGUCUCCACGGUGGUGGGGAACCAUGAGGAAGAACUGGAGGAGGGCCCCAAGGCCAUGCCCUCACCCGUGGACCUGACCUCCAAUGGCUCCUCUCGCAGUGAGUCCAAAACCAUGUCAGAGAGCUUCAGCUUCUACUCCAACAUGCUCUCCUAG